GCACGGCUCGGGACGCGCGCGCAGUGAUCGGCAUCGGCAUCGGCAAUAGAGAAACAGAGUGGUGUGUCGGAAACGGUAGUGAGAACCGACUCGAGUCCCCAAUAGAAAGCCCCUGUACCCGAAGAAGUAGGAGUCCGACACGGGCGGGGAGCGUGUGUAUAGUGUAGUGUAGUAGUGUAAUUCUCUCACCUAAUUUUUAGUUGUUGUUCCCAUUUUUCGAACAAAGUCCUGACUUGGUUUCGGAACGAAGAUAUAUAUUAGAGGAUAUACCAGCAGAGCGGAGUUAUGUUUUGCGGCAGACCGCAUCGAGGAGGUCCAGGCCCCAGCGAAUAGCGCCAUGUCGUCCUACCGAAACCCAACCUAUUGAUACGUUUUCAAGUGCACAUGAGGUAGAUCGAGAGCGGGAGAUCGAGUGACUGAGCCUUGGUUUCCAGUGGGAGGACCAUCGAGUGGUGGGUGUGAGGAAGGAACUGCAACUGAAUCGUGGGGAAAGAGGACCGAGGGAAAUAUUCAGCCAUGAAUCUGAUCAACAUGGACUCGGAGAAUCGGGUGGUGCUGAAUGUCGGUGGGAUACGGCACGAGACAUACAAGGCCACAUUGAAAAAGAUUCCAGCGACGCGACUGUCGCGUCUCACGGAAGCCCUGGCCAACUAUGAUCCGAUACUGAAUGAGUACUUCUUUGAUCGGCAUCCGGGCGUAUUCGCACAAGUGCUCAACUAUUACAGAACUGGCAAACUGCAUUAUCCCACAGAUGUGUGCGGACCGCUGUUUGAGGAGGAAUUGGAAUUCUGGGGUCUAGACUCGAAUCAGGUAGAGCCCUGCUGUUGGAUGACCUAUACACAGCAUCGCGACACACAGGAAACCCUAGCCGUAUUGGAUCGUCUGGAUCUGGAUACGGAAAAACCGUCCGAAGAGGAAUUGGCACGCAAAUUUGGCUUCGAAGAGGACUACUACAAAGGCACCCUAUCCUGGUGGCAGGAAAUGAAGCCGCGCAUUUGGUCCUUGUUCGAUGAGCCCUACAGUUCCAAUGCCGCCAAGACCAUUGGCGUUGUUUCGGUAUUUUUUAUAUGCAUUUCGAUAUUGUCAUUCUGCCUGAAAACCCAUCCCGAUAUGAGGGUACCAAUAGUGCAAAAGGUGACCGUUCGAACGGCGAACGGUAGCACGGCCUGGGUCCUGGACAAGCCACAAACCAAUGCGCAUAUAGCCUUUUUUUAUAUCGAAUGCGUUUGCAAUGCCUGGUUUACAUUUGAGAUAUUGGUACGCUUUAUCUCAUCGCCGAACAAAUGUGAAUUCAUCAAGUCAUCUGUUAACAUCAUAGACUAUAUAGCAACGCUUAGUUUUUAUAUCGAUCUUGUGCUUCAGCGAUUCGCAUCGCAUUUGGAGAACGCUGACAUACUGGAGUUCUUCUCGAUCAUACGCAUCAUGCGUCUGUUCAAGCUAACUCGUCACUCGUCCGGCCUGAAGAUCCUCAUCCAAACGUUCCGUGCCUCGGCGAAGGAGCUGACCCUGCUGGUGUUUUUCCUCGUCCUUGGUAUUGUGAUCUUCGCCAGCUUGGUGUACUAUGCCGAGCGCAUACAACCGAAUCCGCACAACGACUUCAACAGCAUACCGCUUGGCCUGUGGUGGGCUUUGGUGACAAUGACCACCGUGGGGUAUGGCGAUAUGGCGCCAAAAACAUACAUCGGCAUGUUCGUGGGCGCCCUGUGCGCCCUGGCCGGUGUACUAACCAUUGCACUGCCAGUGCCCGUUAUAGUUAGCAACUUUGCGAUGUACUAUUCGCAUACGCAGGCGCGCGCGAAACUGCCAAAGAAGCGUAGACGAGUGCUUCCCGUCGAACAGCCGCGACAAGCGCGAAUACCAGGGGCCCCUGGCGGUGUCAGUGGUUGUGGCACACCGGGCUCGGGGCCACAUUCGGGACCCAUGGGCUCUGGCGGCACUGGACCGCGUCGCAUGAACAAUAAAACCAAGGAUCUGGUCAGUCCCAAAUCAGUUGCUCAACUCUUCGCAGGUCCACUGGGCGCCAGCAUCGUGGCGAUGAGUCCGCGUACGAUGCUCGAUUUGAAUCCGGCCUUGGCCAUGGGCAAGCCGACAUUUCAGCCCCGAUUCCCCACCCAACUGGCGGCCACACCGUCGCCCAUGGCCAGCACCAAUACCCAUGGCAGUGCAGCCGCAGCAGCGGCAACGGCAGUAGGCGUUGGAGCCACAACUACCACCGUAGUGGCACCGAUUGUGCCACCAACCAUUGCGGUCUCCACAACCGCUAGUGUGGGCAAGGACAGCGGAAUUUCCACAACAACCACCACAGCUACAGCCGCAGGCAACGCCAAUCUGGAGACCAGCAAGAAGGCCUUCCUCUAAAGGCAGCCAAGGCCCAACGGCCACUCUAUGAUCCUCUAUCCACCAUCUAAGCAAUAUCUAAUCGAAAUCUAAGGCUAUCAUCCUUCGCAUACGUAUUGUCUAAGUAUCCAGAGUAUACAGAGAUAUGUAUGUACACCUAUGUAUUCCCUAAGUAUUCAGAGAUCGACACAGGGAUCCAAGGAAAACGAAUCAUCUUUGGGUUCCAUAUCAUAUCAUGUUUCAGUCUGUCCAAAGAAAAUAAUGUUUCAGUCAAGACAUAUCGGCUAUUUUCUGGGGUUCUCAUAUAAAUACGAUCCUAAGUUUCACUUUCAGACAGAGGAUCGGAUCUCCCUUCGGAGCAAAGAAAUUAGAGAUAUUUUUAAGGAUCCUAGAUCAUCCUUUUGUUACUUUAUAUGAGGUCUCAAAUCUAUAAAAAGAACCAAUCAAAUCUAAGCAGCAAUACAUGAUCGUAGAUCAUCAUUAUUUCUCUAGGAAUAUUUCCAGAUGAAUCAUAGAUCAUCUUUAUUUCUCUCAUAUCAAUUUCCAAUUGUAUUUCCUAGAAACUUUUACGUUGACCAUACAACAACAACAACAUACCCAUGAAUCUUAUAUCGGAUCUUAAACAUAACCCCAAACUAUAUAUAGAUAAUACCUACAACAAAUUGCUUGACAAAAACAAGACAAAGCCGAAAAGCAAAAGUUCUUAAGCCCCAAAAAAAUGUUUUAUCCCCCCAAUAAAAAAGCUUAAUAAUAAAAUAUUUUUUACACAAGCCAUAGGAUAAAAAAAUCCAAGAAAAACAGAAGAAUAAUGUAUAUAAAACAUAAAUGCUUUAUAGCUCGGUUUGCCAGUUCCUUAUGCGUUGUGUAAAGACUCUGCUGCCUCCAAAGUGUGUUAUUGUGGGAUGGCAGGCAGUUGAGGGUUUGGUCUGGAAGCUUUAAGUUCAUCUAAAAUGCAGUUAGCGACGCUUUCGCCAUUGCCUAAUUAAACAGAAAACCAAAAACCAAUCAAAAAGUACCCUCAUGCUUCAUUCGAGACUCUCAGGCACGUGUUAACUUAAACUUUUCCACACCCCAACCCAAGGAAAAACUAUAUAAAUAUAUAGAAAAGUGGUACUCGAAGUUCGUCUUCAUCUUCAUUUUUGGCUUCAAUCAAAACAAACAAACAAACGAAAAAACGAGUAACUUUUCGGGCAGAGAACUUGAAAACUUGAGAAAAACAAACGAAAUUUUCCAGCAGUUGGCACUUUUUUGCUCAUCAUUCACUCAGUGACUAACCUGCGGGUAGGAUUACUUGGGGAAGGAAAAUCGCUGCAAUUAUUCUCAGAGGGAAGGGAGCAACCGAAGCAAGUGUUUCCAGCCAAGAAGAUGAGGGGGAACAACCUUUGAGGAGUUCAAAAUGCAAAUAACUGUUUGGGAGCAAACAAAGAAUGCUUAAAAUUUCCCAAUUUUCCCACUAGGAAAACAAGUUUACAAAUUGCUCUAGGGGUGUAGUGAGUGGUUAAUGAAAACAGCUACUUUUUAAGAUUGUUUCCCCAAGGUUUUCUUUGAUUUUACAAGAACUUUCAUUAGCUAAUUCUCUUGUACAUUUUGAAUAUAUCUCUUGGCGAAUAUUACGCCUACAUUUACAUCUAAACAUAAGCAUAGGAACGAGAACGAGAAGAAACUAAUAAAAACUAACAAGAAAACCGCCAUGGAACGCGCUUUUCACAAAUGCGAAACAAGCAACAAAUAUAACGAUCGAAGGGGCAACAAAACAUUUGUUAAGUUUUUACAAUGAAGAGCAUUAAUAAUAAUAAUAACAACUAAAUUAAUAUUAAAUAUUGCAAGCUAUUUGAACGGGAAAAACCAAACCUUUUCUCAUAUGAUUUUAUUUUUUGGUUUUCUUUUGGUUUCCGUUCUCUCGCGUAUUAUUUCGAAAAACUGUUUUUUAAUUAUUGUAUAGUUAAGCAAAUUGUAUACUAUUUGAACUAAACAACAAACAAAAUUGUUCUCUCAAUAAUUCAUGAACAAACAAAUUAAAUUAAUUAUAUAUACAUUUAUAUAUAUAAUUGGAUAUAUAUAUAUAUAUACACUAUACAUAUAUAUGAAUUUCAGAAAAUACAAGAAAUUGCAAUAAAGAAAUCUAUUGAACACCAAAACAAAAAA